UAGAGCACAUAUUUCAGAACCCAAACCGUUGCUGGGUACAAUUUUAAAGUGCUCAUUUCAGACCGUCAGAGCGAACAAUCGACAUUUUCAAGAAACGUUUUACUUGAAUGUUUAAAACACUCAAUGUACAUGUGAUUGAUCGAAAUGGAUUUGAGAUUUCAUUUACUGGUGAUUGUUGUUCUUUUCAGAUUAGAUGUAUGUGUUCCAAAUACCUUGGAUGACCUACAGAAAGACUACGGGGAAUGGCGUCUCCAGAGGUCUCCCGAGUACUCCACGGCCAUGAAGUUUCACAAAUACAACGAUAAAACGGAGACAUUCGCAUACAACGGAUUCGACGAGGAAUUUACUAAGUCGACUAAUUUGCUGAAUGGCCUAAUGAACGAUGUAGUCUACAAUCAGCUCUCGCCGAAACAGAAGACGGACUAUGACAUCUUCAAGGAUACAUUAACAACCAUGAUCAACGGAUACAAAUGGAGAGAUUACAAUGCCCUCAAUCCAAUCAACUUUCUAGAGGGCCCGCAAAUCGAUCCUUCCUAUCUACAGAGUAUAACUCCUUUUGACACAGUUGGUGAUUUUGAAAACUACUUGAAACGUCUGGAAGAUUAUCCGAAACAGGCAGACGAGAUGAUAGAAAGAAUGAAUAAAGCAAUUGAGAAAAAACAUACUUACCAUUUGGUUUCUGUUAACAGAAUCCCAGGGCAAAUUGACGAUGUUUUGAAAAAUGCACAACCAACCACUUUUCCAAUGUACUUACCUUUUAAGGAUCGUUUGCCAAAGUCGAGUAUUGAUGAAAACAAAAAACAAGAUCUAGACAGAAAGGCACAAGCAGCAGUAUCUAAAAUAAUAGACAAGUAUAGACAUUUAAAACAGUACUUUAAUCAAACAUAUUUUAAACAUCUAAGACCAAAUUUCGGGGUCAACAGCUGGGAUAAUGGAACCGAAUUUUACAAAGCAUGUCUGCGAUGGCAUUUGUCUCUAGAUAUAACACCAGAUGAGGUUCAUGAAAAAGGUCGCAAGGAAGUAGAAAGAAUCUCAUCGGAAAUGAAAAAGAUUAUGGUGAAACUUAACCACCAAGGCUCAGUUAAGGAAUUUUUCGCGAACGUUAGACAAAAUCGAAGUUUCUAUCUUCAAAAUGGGCAAGAAAUUAUUAAAUGGUACAAAGAUCGAAUUAAAAAUAAGAUUGAGCCCCAGUUGCCAAAGUUCUUUAAAGACCUUCCCAAUUUACCGGUUGACGUACAACCCAACCCCAUCGAUGGCAUCGAUGGUCAGUAUUUGGCCGGACCCCCUGACGGAUCACGGCCUGGCACGUUUCAAGUCAAUGUGUUCCAUCCCGAAAAGUCUGUAACCAUAGACUUCAUGGCGUUACUUCUCCACGAGACAAUUCCAGGCCAUCAUUUGCAGGGGAGUGUGCAGUCCACAAACGUUGGUCCCGCAUACCGCAGAUAUAAUCUUGAUGAUAAAUACUUCCAACCGCCCUUUCUACCCCCAUUUUAUACUGCAUAUCUUGAGGGAUGGGCUUUGUAUGCUGAAUCUCUAGGUGAAGAAAUGGGAUUGUACGAGGAUGACUAUGAACUUAUGGGUAGGUAUGGAUCGGAAAUCUUCAGAGCUUGUCGUCUUGUGGUUGAUACCGGACUGCAUCACUUCAAUUGGACUAGGAAUAGGGCAAUAGAAUUCAUGUUGAAUUACACCGCGUACAGUGAGCAAUCAAUAACUACCGAGGUGGAUAGAUACUUAACAUGGCCAGGCCAAGCGUGCGGAUACAAGAUUGGCGAACUGAAAAUAAAGGAACUACGGGCAAAGGCACAGAAAGAUUUGGGAUCGAAGUUCGACAUCAAAGACUUUCAUUCUAUCAUUCUUAAAGAUGGAGCCCUUCCCCUUGAUAUUUUAACGAAAAACGUCAACCAAUGGAUUGAUGAAACCAAGAGGGCGUCAUCUGUUACUGCAGCACCGUGUAUUUCCAAAGCUUCUACGAACAGUAGACACCUUAAUCUGUUAGUGGGCGCUGUUACGAUGUGCUUCUUGUUCAAGUUUCGCGUGUUUUGAUUGACUACCAUUGGUUGUUUAAGGCUUUCGCAUGGUUUGCUGUCUACGCUUCAUGCUUUGCGGCAAUUGACCUGUAGCAUGGUUAAAUAAUGAUCAAUAUGACUAUUUUUCUAUAGCUAUAAACAGAUUUUUACAAUUUUAACCGCAGAUAUUGUAAAUAAGGGAAAUAAAUGAACUGUAUUUUUAGUUAAAAAAGCACUUUAUGAUGCAAGCAAUUUCGAUAGUUUUUUUCCUUGUAGGCAAUGCUUGAAGGUGAUGAUUUUCAAUAAAUCUUCCAUUGAAAGAUCAUAGUAAUGGCAUAAUAUCAAAUCGAAAGAAAAAAAACGAUGUAUUAUGAAUUCAUCUGUUGACAUAACAAGGUACAUAUUUUGUGUUUAAGAACCAUUCCUUUAUCCACUUUUUGUUUGUAAAACGCAAUUUAAUUGCCUGAUGUGAUUUUUUGUUUUUGUACUAGUCAAAAUUUAUGAUUGUUUUCUCGCACUUUGACUUUUGCCUUAACAUAUUUAUUUGCACUACAUCUGUAUAUAAAAUGAUAUUAAAUUUUCUCUUUUGUGA